AAUAGAGCAGACAUGUUCGUUUAAGGAGUAGUUAAGAAUUGAUUCCUUUUAUUCCCUGUACAAAAUUGUCCUCAAUUGCUGUUGAAAGAUGAAGUUCGCUUUCGUUUCAUUUAAUUUCGUCGACGCGCGGAUUACAUUUGUCCCCGUUGUUUAAAAUAAUCGAGUUCGCAGCAAACGGUUAGAGAAAGGGGACGAAUCUCCGGUGAACAUGCGAGCGAUAUAGUCAGCGUAAUUUGGCGGAUGAAGAGGUUCGUCUGUGCCGGCCGAGAUUUGCGGCGUUUCGUUUUCCAAAUUGCGCAACAAUUAUCGCGGAUCAAAAAUACUGGCUUAAGAUCUAUACAGAGGAAACAGCCUGUGUCGAUGAAUUAUACAGAAACGACAUAUUUAGAGCAAUAAAGUGCAAACCACGAAUUACGACCCAGAAUCCGUGGCGUUAUUUUUAUCCGCGGCACGUGUACUCCAGAAUAACACCGAUCUUUUCACAAUACCCCGAAUCGAGUCUGACCGAUCUGGACAUUGGGAGUUCUGGGUAAGAAUCGAUGACUGGGUCUGAUCGCUGCAAUCACGCGAAAUCCCAACGAAAUCGACGAGCGCUCACCGCGAAAUGACAGAAUGUGAGCACCGCGAUCGCUGCGUCAACCACACCCCGACUUUUGGCUUUCAUUCGAGCACGCGGCCCACGAUCGACGACCGUCCGUCAGAAUGAGCUUAAUGAAGAAGGCCAUCGGCGGCUCCAUUCACAGGAUACGAGAGUUCGAGCUCGAGAAGGUGAAUUUGCUCGAUGAAUUCGAUAUUCUGCAAAUUGUGGGUGAAGGAUGGUUUGGCAAGAUCCUGCUGACCGAGCACCGCAGCACCCAGACCGAAAUGGUGCUGAAGGCGUUGCCAAAGGCAUAUACAGGCAUCACGGAUUUCUUCCGUGAGUUCCAUUACGGGCUGCACCUGGCAGCCCACAGGAACAUCAUCACCACCUACGAUGUGGCCUUCGAGACCGCAGGGUUCUACGUAUUCAGCCAGGAGUACGCUCCUUUAGGAGACCUGACAUCCAACGUGACGGAGACAGGUCUGGGCGAGCUACACGCGAAGAGGGUAGCCAGACAAUUGGCCGCAGCGGUGCAUCACAUACAUAGCCGCGACCUGGUGCACCGCGACAUCAAGCUCGACAACAUCCUCGUGUUUCGUAGCGACUUCUCGCGGAUCAAGCUAUGCGACUUCGGCGAGACCAGGCGGGCGAACACCGUCGUGCGACGACACAACGAGUGGCUACCUUACUCGCCGCCCGAGGUAUUGCAGAUCGACACUGACGAGACGUACAAAGCUCUCACGUCGCACGACGUCUGGCAAUUCGGCAUUGUCCUAUUUGUCUGUCUGACCGGAUGCCUGCCGUGGCAGAAGGCGGCGUUGGACGACCCGCGAUACACCAGAUAUCAGAACUGGCACAACGCAACGCUGAACAUAGCCAAGAAGCCGAAAUUAUUUCAGCUGAUCAGCUCGCGGGCGCAGAGAAUGUUCAAGCGACUGUUGGAUCCUAAGGCGGAGAAGAGGCCCGUCAGCGUCUUGGAAGCGAACAAAUAUCUCGAGGACAGGUGGCUGGCCAAGCUAGGCGCGGAGAAGGCCUUGAACGGUGGGGCCGACGAGAGGGACGAACUUUGCCCCUCGAUGUACAGCUUCCACAGCUCUCUCGAGGAGAAGAACCAACUUCUUCACACCCUGACCACGUACGGGAUCGAGACGACGGUAGAUCGAGCGAAGAAGAAGGAUCGAAUCAGAGAAUGGAUCCAAGCGAGCACCAUAGCCGAGGAAUACGAAGAGGACGAGUCAGAUCUAAACGAGGACGUAAGAUUCCUCGAGGAAGAGGACGAGGAACCGUCCACCAUGAAAGGCAGACACUUCCCAGAGACACGACCCGUCGUCAAACCUACGGACACGAAACGUCAGAAGCAUAGAACGCACACAUCCACGGCAAGAAAGAGACAAUCCAUCAAACCCACCGAAAGAAAGAUCCCCUUUGCGCCACAAGUCGCAGAGGAGCGCAAAACUAUAGCUCGAUUCGCGAGCUUCCCCAAUGGCGAUCCCAAUCUGGCCAUCACGAACGGAACCAACGGCCUGGUGCCCUCCUUGAGCAAUACGAUUCCCUCCACGGAAGACACCACAUCGAUCGUCAGCCGAAACGGCCAGGUCAAUAGUUCGCCGUUGAACGGUCUGAACGGUCCUCGAGACGACCCGUCAUUCCCCACAACCAGCGGUGGCUUCAGCCCUAAUUUAUCCAACGCCGAGGAAACUCCCGGGAACUCUGAUCUCCAAGAUCGAGUCGUCCCGCAGGGAGGCGUCGCGGCUGAUCGAAGUUUGCCCAGAAGUCCCCAGAUCCCUGCCAGAAAGCAUCGUUCCCAAACUGCCCCCUUCCCAGCGCCCACGUCGCCUGUCUUGAACGGAAGUCGUGCAGACGCCGCGAAGAGAAGUCUCUCCACCACGGUGCUGCCGACCACACCGACGGAGAGGUCGGUUUCGUUGCAAGACAGGUCGCUGGCGGUAUUACCGAUUCAGGCGAACGGCCAAUCGACUUCGCCGCUGGCUCGGGGCGAAAGGUCGAAUCGAUCCGUAGGCCAAUCAAUGUCUCGAGUAGAGAAUCAAUCCGUUGUAAUGGUGCCUGCGGCGGCGGUGACGGCACGAGUGGAAAAUCAAUCGAGUAACGCUUUGCCAGUUGCCCGAAAUGAGAAAUCCGCGGCUGGUCAGGUUCCCCUUGCACCAGCGAAUCCAUUGACGAUGUCCGUCGCUUCGCAUCUCGUCAUGCAAAGCUUCAACGCCUUACAGAGUCUCAACACGGAUGGGAACAACGCUGGGACAAGUCAAACAACGAAUGCAACCGCCACGCCGAAGAACAGUCCGACUUCUACUCCUGCUAAUGCUCCCAGUCCGAAGAACAGCCCUACCGUAACUCCUACGAGGACGUCUACUCCUCCCAGGCCCAGGAUCAAUCAUAGAGUCGAGGAGAAUUUUGGGUAUGGCAAGGAUCCGUUCGAGCACUACGGUAUCGUGCAGGGCGUCAUCACGAAGACCGAACGUGCCCGUCGAGGAUCGCUGGAGAGCCCCAGCAGGUCUGUCAGCAAUUGAGGAGCGGUGUUCUAGAUCAUUUCAGACACUGCUAGAGGUGAUGUCUAACAACAUGACACGUGUGUACGCGCACUCGAUGGAAGCGAUUCUUCCACUACGAUGGAAUAUUUACGAUACCUUUCUGCAUACUGGACGACCAUUCGAUCGUCAUUCUAGGAACGAAUGUACGAUUGAAAAAUGACCUAAUCGAAUAAAAUGGCUGAUACGAAGCAACGAGACCCGACGUCACUUACUUGCUGAAAAUACUUUCGUUUCGUCAAUCGACGUAUAAACGCGCCAUUUCUAAGACAAAUUUCACGGAUUGCAUAGCACUGUUAAAAAAGGAGAGCAGGAAUACCUUCGUCUACGUCAAAGUUGCAACGAUUUUACGUAAACAAACCGAAGAAUCUAUAUGCGAAAACUGAACGAAUCUGUCCUGCACGAACGACGAAAUGCUCCUCGAACAAGGCAGCCGUACGACUUUGUAGCAGAAAGUUUGUAUUAAACGGUAUGAGACAACUGUACCGUUUAGAAUUAUCCGUUCGUUGGACACGAGCCACGACCAAGUCGGCUAUAGUGAUUCUUUUGUUCCUUCGUACGUUACAUCGUGUAGGUGGCAGAUCUGGGCACGUUUGAAAUAGUGUUGUAUGUUUGUACAAACAUAGAGGGUGUCCAACACUUUGCUACCAUAUCCUAUGACCAACGAAAGAACGAAAAUAUUGUACACUUCCAUGAGAAAUUAUUAACUUUCUAAUUACGUCUUUCUAAGUGACAAAUAAAUUUUUAAAUUGGCAAACGAAAA